AAAAAAUAUAAGUACUUGGAUUACUCUUUCAAUUUUUUAUAUUAAUCAAAUAAUUCGUUUAAACAAAAAGUGCAAAAAUGACGCGCAAUACCACGGAUAAUCUUCUCAAAGAGGCUGCCAUCCAGAUUGGUGCUGGAGGAUCAGCAGGUUUUAUUGAAGUUUGUAUAAUGCAUCCAAUGGAUCUCGUUAAAACACGUUUUCAGCUCCAAGUGAAGACAACAAAAUCAGAUCCAUUAUAUUAUACAGGAAUUCGUGAUUGCAUGACUAAAAUGUAUAAGAUUGAAGGGCUACCAGCAUUUUGGAAGGGAAUUUUACCUCCGAUACUUGUAGAAACUCCGAAACGUGCAGUUAAAUUUUUUACAUUUGAACAAUAUAAACAGUUUUUCUUAUUCGGCGCUAGUGCACCCACUCCGUUGACAUUUUCAUGUGCUGGUUUCUUUGCUGGUUUUACUGAGGCUAUAUUAGUUAAUCCUUUUGAAAUGGUCAAAGUAAAAUUACAAUCUAAUCGAAAGCAUGUCAAAGAAAGUCCGUCGACAUUCGCAGUGACGAAAGAAAUAAUUUCAAAAUAUGGUUUUGGAUUAAAUGGUCUAAACAAAGGACUUUCAGCCACUAUAAUGAGAAACGCGGUUUUCAAUUCUUUUUAUUUUGGUUUUUAUCAUUCUGUUAAAGGACAUGUACUAGUCCAAAAAGAACCUUGGUUGGAAUUUUUAAAUAAAGUUGCUAUAGGAUUCGUAUCAGGUACUGUCGCUUCUUGUUUAAAUAUACCAUUUGAUGUUGCUAAAAGUCGCAUUCAAGGUUCACAAGAUGGUACGCAAUACAAAGGAACACUGAACACCAUGCACAUUAUUUACAAGAGAGAAGGAUUUAGAGCCUUGUACAAAGGCUUGGUGCCAAAGGUGUUGAGAUUAGGUCCAGGUGGUGCCAUUAUGCUUGUAGUAUAUGACUACAUGCAUGCAUUUCUUACAAAAAAGUUGAUAGACUAAUACAUUUACACUGCAUUUCAAGAAGCUGUGAGGUAGCUAUAAGAAUCUUUCAAAUUGCAUUUGAGAUUUAUGUAUAUAUACAUUAUUAUAUAUGUAUAUAUAAAGUAUAUUUUU